CGAGAUGGAAAUUUUUAGUGAUGCAUCCCUGUCUGGCUGGGGAGCUGCUUGUGAAGGAGAGCAAACGCAUGGGUUUUGGAGUGAAAAGGAACGAGAAGAACACAUUAUGUAAUUUUCUUGAACUAAAGGCGGUCUUUUAUGGGCUGAAAUGCUUCACUAAAAAUAAGACCUCGUGUGAAAUACUGCUACGCAUGGACAAUACAACAGCGUUGUUGUAUAUAAAUCGAAUGGGCAGUAUUCAAUUCCCUAAAUUGGCAAAGUUAGCAAAGAAAAUCUGGCAAUGGUGCGAAGCGCGUAAUGUGUGGAUUUUCGCGUCUUACAUUAAGUCUAGCGACAAUACAGAAGCUGAUGCAGAGUCCAGAGUGGAACAGACUGAAACCGAGUGGGAAUUAGCAGAUUGGGCUUAUGAAAAGGUAGAAUCUACAUUUGGGAAGUUUGACAUAGAUUUGUUCGCGUCAAACGUAAAUGCAAAAUGCGAAAAGUUCAUCUCCUGGCACAGUGAUCCAGAAGCUUGGGUUGUAGACGCGUUUACGGUGCCGUAG